ACUUUGUUGGCUCACAGCAUCCAUGUAUUGUGCAAUGCAUUAGCCGACGAUACUGCAGCGCAUCAGCUCCUGGAUUAAAUUGACUUCCUGAUUGAGGGACUAAGUGGUAGUCCAAACUGAACAGCACCUCGUCCUCUAUUCUCAUCCACUUCGCGACUUUCUUGGCGUGGUCAACUUACGACUGUGAGCGCCUGUCUGCCUGGCACUGCGGUGCCUAAGUGCGCCCGCAAUGUACUCUCCGACAGUCCUGUGCUUGAGAAUUUCUAGCUGAAAGCGCCUUCUCGCGGUUCCACGCUUCAUGUUUCAACGACAUGGGCCGUCAUGCUCAUAUUGCCAGGCUGGCUUUGGGCAGAUCCCCAUUCGAACCCCCUCUGCAGGACGACAGGGGAGAUUUCGUCUUGGGUCCAAAUGUGCAGCUCUGUGCUGCCCGCAAUUAUGUUCAAUAUUUUGACUCUCGCGGGCAUCCACAGAAUUUCGCCUCCGAAGCCUCAAGGACAAGGCUCAUUCGGGCUCAGAACGAUGCACUAUCGACUGUUGGUGUUGUGGUUCGUAAAGCUAAGCGGACUCGUUCUUCAUGGCAAAACAUGAGUGAUGAGCAGAAGCACAUGCUCCUCAUUAGCGAAAAUAUUGCAGGAGCCAACCUGGGGAUUAUUGUGGACGUUCUCCAGAGGUUGUCUACGUGGUGGAUAGUGUGCUUUCGCCGCCGCUUGCUUAUUUACAAGUCAUACUUGGGACUCUCGAUACCUGAACUGAUAUUGUCUGAAUGGAGAACCUCGACAACCGAGGAGUUUUUCUCUGCUGGACUCCUGUCCGCUGCCAUUUCCAAAUUUAGCCAAUCGUGGAGGAAUAGUCUCAUCAACGACCGACACGUCUCCAAUCGGUCCCGUUCGCAGAGCGUCUCCUAUUCAUCUGGAAUGGUCAGAUUCAUUCGGAAGCACAGCUUACAGCUCCUUUGGUUUGCGACGGCAGAGUAUCCAUUUUAUGCAUUUUCUGUUCUGCAGUCUCUCUACCUUGUCCCCGUCAAUGCCGCUCCGCCUCUACUAGCUUUUAUACCUUUCACCGCCUCCUCGCCUAUUCGCCUUCCCGACACGCUGUCUGACAGCCCGUGGCCAUACUGGAGCCUAUAUCUGUUGCAUAUCGCCUCCAGCCCCUUCGUCCUUUGCUACAUAAAGGACCAGAUCGGCAGACAUGUUUUCAAAAAGGUCUAUCAGAUUGUUCGCCACCUAUUGGUCAAACCUGACAGGCCAGACCGCUCGUCGCUUCCGAGCGCAAGACGCAAAAUGAGCACGGUUUCCGAGCGUGCCAUUGCUACUGUCAGCUCCGAUAGAAGGCACCCACCGCCCUCUUCCAAGUUCCCAACUCUUUUGGACAUUUUCGGUACUUUUGUCCCCGUAAUCUUUUGGGUAUGGGAAAAGGCGUUCCAGAGUCAGCGGACUCCCCUCACUGUAGAGUUGAGUCCAGAUAUCGAAGAGGAACUUACUCACAGAAUUAUCUUGCACUACCGAAACUUAUUGCGUCAGGACCUUGCUGUGGACGUCGAACUCAGACGUCCUCCGAGAAUGCUUCGGGUGCUAGCCAUCCAAUCUGCGUUCAGUGACUAUAACCUGGACCCUGACCGUGCGGUGGAUGUUUUGGCUGAUGAGCUGAACUUUGAUAUCUUCAGCGAUGUCUCGACGGCAACGCCUGAUCCAUUGGAUCCCACGGUCAUCGAGGAUGCUGCAGCAGCAGCACACGGUCAAACUAUUCUAUCGAAUGGUGUUCACACUGGAUCGCUAGAAGACUCUGGAGCAACUGCAAGCCAGUUGCAAAGCGCGGAGGGAUUCCAGGUUCCUCACGCCGAGUCUAGUGCAGAGGAAGACGGCACUGAGGGCUUUGCUGCUGAGGACCGCGCCGGCGGCCCCGUCCAAGGGGAGGUCCAAGCAGAGCUUUCCCUUCAGCCUACAGCCGCCCCCGAGACGCUACCGGGGCCUGAGUCCUUAGAAGCAGGAAGAAACGACUUACAGGGUGGAUCAAUUCCGCUUCCAGAGCUUUCAGCUCCUGAACUGCUAGCAGCACCCGCAUCUCGGGCCCCAUCUCCGGCCGCAUCUCCUGUCCCAGGCAUCUCUCGAGCGGUCAGUCUCUCAAAUGCGCCGCCAAGACCGGUUCGCCGGCCGACAGAUGUUGAUGAAGAUCUUCGGCCGACGAGGGAUGACUCGCUCUACCAUGAGGACCCAUCAAGGAAGACACGACGUGAUGACGAGCCACUUUAUCGAGUCACACUCCUUUCAAAUCAUCCUGCAGAGACCUUUGCUCUCUUUGCCGCCUCAAUAAUGGAGUCCGCCGUGCUGCUACCUUUCGAGAUGUUGUUUCUCAGAUCUCUGGCACACAAUUUCCUUGCACAUCCAUGGGCGGAUACGCAAAUCUCAAGAACACUGCCCCCGCUUGCUGAGGAGUGGUCCCUUGGGUCAUGGCUUGUAGGUCGCGGUCAUAGCACAACUCGAGGCUUACGCUUAUUUGGGAGCUGCGGCAUGGUAAUUGGGAUCCAGGCCUUCAUAAGCCUUGCGAUAUGGAACGUGGGUACGCAUGUCACUUUGCGACUGGGCCGUCAGUUCGGCUGGGGGAAGAUAUGAAUGGGAGCGUGGACUUCUUCGGCCAGCAGUAUUCUGCAAGCCGAUCUGCGAUAAUGAUACCCGGCCACUAGGCCAUUAAUCCACCUAUGUGAUACAUAGCUUUAUGAAAGUGCAUUAGAUGACCCUUAA